AUGCGCGCGGGGUCGGUGCCGGCGGCGGGUCGAGCCCUCAGGGCGCGCGCGCGGGCGCGCGCGACGGCGCACGGGAGGAAAACCCACGGCGGGCGCGCCGUCGUCGGGGUCCACGUGACGUCGACUCGAGGUCGGACGACGAUCGCGGACGCGGCGGCGAGCGAACGGGCGAACGGGGGGACGGAGAACGCGCGGACGCCGGCGCGGGAUGGGUCAAAGGGAGGCAUCGCGCGAAGGAGCGAAGAUUUUGGUCGAUGGUACCUCGAUUGCGUUCGAGAGUGUCAACUCGCGGAUUACGGCCCGGCGCGAGGGACGAUGGUGAUCCGACCGUACGGGUACGCGAUCUGGGAGGGGAUUCAAAAGUACAUGGACGCGCGGUUUAAGGAGACCGGGGUGCAGAACGCGUACUUUCCGCAGUUGAUUCCGUACUCGUUCAUCACGAAGGAGGCGUCGCACGUGGAGGGUUUCUCGCCGGAGCUCGCGCUCGUGACCAAGGGUGGAGGGAAGGAUCUGGAGGAGCCCCUGGUGGUGCGACCGACGAGCGAGACGAUUGUGAAUAACAUGAUGUCGCAGUGGAUUCAGAGUUAUCGAGAUUUGCCCAUGCUGCUCAAUCAGUGGUGCAACGUGCAUCGAUGGGAGAUGCGCACGCGGCCGUUCAUUCGCACGCUUGAAUUUUUGUGGCAGGAAGGGCACACGGCGCACGCCACGGCGGAAGAGGCCGAGGCGAAGGCGAUGGAGAUGAUUCGGGUCUACGCCGAUUUUGCCGUGACGCAGGCGGCGAUGCCGGUGAUUCCAGGACGCAAAUCUCGAGUGGAGUCCUUCGCCGGGGCCAACGUGACGUACACCAUCGAGGCAAUGAUGGGCGAUAAGAAGGCGCUCCAGGCUGGGACCUCGCACAACUUGGGAGAUAACUUUGCCAAGGCGUUCGACACCACGUUUUUGAACGACCAAGGGGAGACAAAGUACGUCCAUCAGAGCUCUUGGGGGGUGUCCACGCGCCUCGUCGGCGGCAUCAUCAUGACGCACGGCGACGACGCCGGGCUCACGUUACCCCCAAAACUGGCACCGAUCCAGGUCGUCGUCGUACCGAUUUGGAAGAAGGACGCGGAGAAGGAUGAAGUUAUGGCGUCCGUGGACGGCAUCAUCUCUACCCUCGAGGGUGCGGGCGUUCGCACGCACCUCGACGCCGAUCAGAGCAAGUCGCCUGGCUGGAAGUUCAACCAAUACGAGAUGAAGGGCGUGCCGAUUCGCAUCGAGGUCGGUCCGAAGGACGUUGCUAAGGGUGCGUGCGUCAUUGCUCGUCGCGACGUUCCGGGUAAGGAGGGUAAGGAGUUCGGUGUCAGUGUCGAACCCGCCGCACUCGAGGCGAAGAUCAAGGGCGUCCUCGACGAUAUCCAAUCCUCCAUGCUCGCCAAGGCGACUGCGUUCCGCGACGAGAACAUCGUCGACGUGAAGACGAUGGACGAACUCAGGGCGGCGAUUGAGGAAGGCAAGUGGGCGCGAUGCGGAUGGGAAGGCACUGAUGAAGAGGAAAAGGCAAUCAAGGAAGAAACCGGCGCCACCAUCCGAUGCUUCCCAUUCGACCAACCCACUGGCCCGCACGCGUGCCUGAUGUCUGGCAAGCCCGCGAAGGAGGUCUGCAUCUUCGCCAAGUCUUACUAG